AUGACCAACCUUGAGCGUAUACGAUCAGCUGCUUAUUGUUCUUUCUUGCACCUCAACCACAUCCGCUCCCUCACCACCUCCUCUCCAUCCUCACGCCAGGAAUAUGAUAUUUCUUCUAGAUUAGUCCCUGAAAACGGUGAGUAUAUGGACACAGGAAGUGACGUCAUUUGGAUAAAAUGCUUACAAAGUUCCAAUGUCUUUAACCCUGCAGAAUCUUCCUCUUGCAGCUACUAUUCGUGCGAUUCCCUUUCUUGUAAUGAUCUAGGUGCAAGCGGCAACACUUGCGGAGGCAGAGAUUUUCGUGAACCUUGCUACUAUAUAGGAGAAUAUGUAGAUCGUUCCACAACAAGGGGAACUCUUUCUCAUGACAACUUUUCAUUUGAAGGCUCUGAGAGGGAGCUUGUAGAUGUUGGACACUUGGAUUUUGGCUGUUCCAACUACUCUUCAUGGGAAUUUGUGGGGAACCAAACAAACAGGUGCUCUGGGCUUGAACAGGGAUGCUUUGUCCUUACCUUCUUAACUGGGCGUAACGAAGUUCUCAUACUGCAUGGUGCUGCCAAACUCCAUUUGAUCAAGAGGAAAAGGCCUACUACUAUGUCACUCUGA